UGCCGGGAGAUGUAGGCGGGAAGGCUGCGCGGGUUUUUUUUGUGAUUUGGGCUACGAACGUAUUCGGAAGCGCCGGCCAAACCCUGCCCCUCAGAGCGGCGGGAGGGGGGCGGGGGGCAGGGAGGUCUGGAGGACGUGGAACCAGCAGCUGCUUCUGGACGGUUGGGCAAAGCGGUAGUCCUUGAGGGCGAGAGAAAGCCGGGACCGCACGGUUUUCACGGAGAGUCCUGGGUUCAACUUCACCACUGGCGCAAUGAACAUGUCAAUGCACGACCACCACAAUCACCACAACAUGGCGAUGCCCACCGACACACCCCACCAGACAGCCAACGGGUCAGGCGGGCACGGGGGCAUGAUGAUGAUGAUGCAAAUGACGUUCUACUUCGGCCACAAGAACGUAGAGCUGCUGUUUCCUGGGCUGGUGAUCAAUUCUGUUGGAGGGAUGGUCGCCGCUUGCGUGGUCAUAUUCCUGCUCGCAAUGCUUUAUGAGGGACUGAAGAUUGGCCGAGAAUGCUUGCUCCGAAAAUCACAGGUUAACGUUCGCUACAACUCUAUGCCCGUUCCUGGACCAAAUGGGACAAUGCUGAUGGAAACGCACAAAACUGUUGGCCAACAGAUGCUCAGCGUGCCUCACAUCAUCCAGACCAUGCUCCACAUCCUACAAGUUGUCAUCAGCUACUUCCUGAUGUUGGUCUUCAUGACGUACAAUGGCUACCUUUGCAUCGCUGUGGCGCUGGGCGCGGGGGCUGGAUAUUUCGUCUUCAGCUGGAAAAAAGCAGUGGUGGUAGAUAUCACAGAACACUGCCAUUAGCAUCUGGCCUAACCCCUCACCAAUUGUAAUGCCACUUAAUCACCAAUUGUAAUGGAUCACACUCCCAGCACCAUAAUUUGCAGUGUCGAGCCAGUUCAAAAAAAAACACAACACUUAAAAUAAGAGUUUCUCUCUCUCUCUCUUUCUUUCACUUUUACUCGAUUUAUUUCUGUUCAGACUCCAGUUUGAAGGAUCCACAAUCAGACAUCACUUUACCUCAUGCCUUCAGUCCUGCAUUUAGCAGUUGGCCACUGCCUGGUUCUCUACCUCAGGCCAGCCAAGGUUCUUUGAGCGUCUGCUUUGGAGUCCCAAGUACAGACGAGGCUCUUCAAACGGUGGGCGGUUGCUUUACCUGGAGCUGCGUGUAAGUGAUCAUUCCCACUGUCGCUCCCAGAAAAUUCUGGUAUUGCAGCAGCGUUAUAUGGAUAUAGUUACCCCGACUUCCCGCCCCCCCCCCCCGGCCCCGCCUCACCAAAUAAAAAUGUCAGAUCCUCUGGUUUGGCUAUUGAUGCCCACAGUCUGAUCACAAUUCCGGUUCACCAAAAAACAUAUCUAAACCCAGAAUGAUGCCUUCUUAUCAAGUUAAAGGGAUCAGCACUGCUCACCUUGCUGUUAGAAAUGCCAUGAAGUGAUCUUGGGCUGCUAUUGCCUUUUUGAAGUGAGCAGUGCGAGCAAGUAGGUGGUGAGAUUUUUUUUCUCACUCUCUCAAUGUCUGUUUCCACUAUUUAACUAAUCCUGUGGCUACAGAUAAAUUGGCAGAAAUCUUUUUCUUGGUCAGCUGGGUGUGAACUUAUCACCUUGCUUAAGGAGUAUCCAAACCAACCUGAGUGCCAUGCAACCCAUCUACUCGUGGAAAUUCCAGAGAUAUCUGUUGGAAUGCAAUGCGCACUCUCUCCCUAAAGGGAUCCAUCCAGACAUCUAAAGGGUGGCAAGAUCUAUUGGUUCCGACCAUUCCAGGCAAACUGUGAUCCUAACUUUUUUUUAAAAUAGUUAGCAUCAAACGUUUUUUUACAUCUUAAAGUGUGUGUAUGUAUGCAUUUCUUUCCCCCCCUCCCCCAGAACACCAGAGUUCAAGAUAUAUUUAUUCCCUGAUGAUAAUCAUCCAACAUUCUGUAGCUGUGCUGGUGAAAUUGUAAUUCAUUGUAAAUUAUGUAUCGUCUUGUUUGAUUGUAGACAGUGCUGUGUCCCACUCAGAUGGGUGCUGUUAUCUGGUGCAUUCUGUAGGAUUACCUUCUGCUGCUUUAGCCAGUAAAAUACAUUUGAAGAGUGUGGAUACUCUACUGUUGAACACUCUAACCUGCACCGGAGCAAUGCAGGUAAAAACAAGUUGUAGAGGAGUUUGCAACGAUGGGAAUUAAGACACUAGUCCUUUGAAAUGUGUUUUUUUAAAUGAAUCUGCGAGGAUUAUUAAAUGCAAAAGAUCAGUCGGUUUUUAGUUGCAGUAACCCUGACUAGGGUGGGAAAACGAGUAGUAGGUUCUAAGCUUCAAAAAAAACUUAUCUAGUGCAUUGAUAAUUAUAUACUGUAUUUGGCGAAUACAGGCCCCGUCACCAUUUGCACAAGACAUGUUUGAGGUUAUACGGUUAUCUUAACACCUCCUGUCUGAGGUGACACCCCUCCCCCCCCACCCCCACUCUUAGAUUAUUUUGUGAGUCCUGAGGAUGCAGCCACUCAUCUGGUACUUUGUCUGCGUAGCCAUUGUUUGGGAGCCGAGAUAAUGAGUAUUGAGUAAGCUCUGACUGCAGUGUCUGUUGUAACUGAACCUGGUCCUUCACCCACUUGUUGACGACAUACACACUUUGCGAGGAACACUGGGCAGUAGUGGCCAGGAUCAGGAAUUCUGGAGAUUUUCCUUGUUUCACUCCCCUGGUGUGAGGACGCUGAUUCCACUUCUAGCACCCCUACUUGCACUCCACCUGAGAUCAGUUAACUCAGAACAGACCGAGUUCUGAACCCCGAGACUCUCCUGAUUUUACAGGGGGCAGAUCCGCCCCCCCACUCCUUCCCCACCACCAUACCCUGUCUCCCAUGUCACCAAAGGAGCCAUGGAGCCUGUUAACCUCUCUUUAAAGAAUUUCGAACGUUUCUCCUCCCCAGUACGUUGGAGUAAGAGAGCAACGUUUUCCCAUUUCCCAGAACUAACAGAUGAGAGCACUCCAUUCAGAGCAGUUGAUCCCUUGGAUUGAUGAGCUCUGUGAACACUAGUGACAUUGUGAGUCUUGUAACUGUCUAGCUCAGUGGCAGUAGUAACUUGCAGGGUAAAAGCACUGAGCAUAUCGUUUCAUUCAGUAUUUUGACAUGAAACUGUUGGCUUUUCCUGGAGGUUGCGCAAUAUCAGACAGUACUGGUUGGAUCAUAUUGUAUUGUCUUCUGGAAGGGAAGCGAGGCAGCUAUGAGUACUGUAUUCUGUGCAAAACUGUUGGUGAUUGAUUUGAUGGGCCACUAACUUGGAUUUUAUACUCAAUCCUGUCCACGUGAGUGUCGUACAGUCCUUAACAGUCAUAUUAGUAUGUCCUAAGGAAAUAAUAUAUGGAUCAUGGUUUGUCAUAGUGAGUGUCCUGAAGCUCUUGACUUUGAUCAGAUCGGUAGUCAUCAGUCUAGUGCAUCUGGGACUAAAAUGCGGAGUUGCAGUACGACAUUCCCACCACGAGAUGUCACCUGUGCCCUCGAGGUAUUUUUAAAAUAAGAGUAUUUAAUGAAGAACGGCAGAACUGUUUAUUCCAUACAUCAGUGGAAAAGCCAGCACAUUUAUCAGAUCGGAUAUUGCCCCAUUAACUGACAUCUUGUUAACUGACGGAUUGUUUACUGCUCUGAUGAAUGAGAAAAUCGAGUUUGUGUUUCAGGAUAUUGCAAUUUUUGCUUCCAGCAAUGCUCAAUCAUUUGCUCUCACCGAUCAGUCCCCAGGAUUUAUAAGAGGGGUGAAGGUCAGUGGGACCAACACUUGAGCAUUGCUACAAGCAAGAGGUCUUACUGACCCCUUAGCACAACCAGCUUCAGUCCCAUCUUCCCUGCUUGGACCCCAAUCGCUGCUCGCUCGCACUCGAAACUCCUUCUCACUUACAGGUUUAGUUUAAGGGCAUUUGCAGGGCAGCCUGUCAGCCUCUGAGAGCAGCCUGUCCAAAAUCCCAACGCCUUCAUGUUCCUGUGACGCAGAUUGCAUUUUGCUCUGGAAUCAAUAAUUAUCAGAUGCUGUAAUUUCAAUCACACUAAAUGGUAGGGUCUGCAGCUUGAAACACAGUGCUUGUUUGUCAUUUGUCUUUUGAUUUUUUUUCAGUUGUGUUCUGUUUAAGGUGUUGCCUUGCCUGCUGUACUUCUCAUUUUGAAUCUACCUUCAGAAUCUGACUGAUUUUUUUAAAGUGCUGCGCGCUCUGUAACGUCAAGUGCCUUUGGUUUAACCGCUAGUACACCAGUGGUUACCACUGCCUUGUAAUUUGAUCUCUUUGCUCUUCAGCCAGUCCUUGGAUGUAUUGGUGACCUUGCUUCCAACGAUGCGACUUUGCAAUGAACCUGGGUCAUGAUGACCACAGGCCUAACCAUUUAUUAUUUUCUGAGAGACCUUAAAUACGAUAUAAAGGAUUUUUGCUCAAAAAAAGAAAUGCAUCAUGCUCAUCUCCAAUAAAUGUGUUUUAGUUUUUA